AAAAUCUGCAUCUUUCAUCUUUCAUUUUACCGGUAGAUCUCAUCUCGCUCUCAUUUUUCUGAUCUGACCACAGGACGUCUGUUGCCUUGCUUUUGCCUCAUCAUCAACUGCGAUCAUGGGACAGUGUCAAUCAUCCAAAAUGGCGAUCGAGGUUUUGGAGCAGGUCAAUUUGCGCGAACAACUUGCGAUCAAUAAGGAGAUUCUGGGUGACAGCCAAAAAUCCUCCACCCCGACGGUCGAUUGUACCUCCGGGAGCCUUAAUACCCGUUGCCGACUGGAAGUUUGCCCUGAUGCUCUCCCAGAACUCGUAGAUUUUGGGAACAAUGGCAGGCUUCGUAAGGCUCAGUUGCGAUUAGAAAAGCUACCAUCUUUGAGCACAGCACCUUCCGUUGCUUUGGCUAGUGCACCGAAAACAAGGACGAGAAACUCAAAGAAAACAGGCAAGCCAAAGCCUCGGGGAGAGCAUCAAACCCAGAGUGGAAAUGCAGGAGAAGGUACAGACACAAGUCAACUGGAACAAUCCUUAAAUGACUCGAGUCUCCGUGUGCAAGAUAUGGACAACUCGACCACCACCAGCAAUAGGGACUGUCACUCAAAGAACAAGGAAAGCUCCUGGCAUGAUUUUUCGCGCUCGGGGCGUUUGAUGGACGAGUCUUAUUCGUGCCCCUAUUACUCGUGGCAUGUUAGUCGAAGAGCCGAUCCUUGUUCUCGAGAGAAUAAACGUGCGUUGGAAGAGUUGAUGGGGAUUGCGUUGUCUGACGAUGAAGAAGAGGAUGCCAACUUGGAACUGGUCGAGGAAGACGAUACCAGUAGUUGAACGACUAAACCGCCUAAUUAUUCAUGUUGAACG